AUUACUACAUUUCCCAUUCUAGUGCCACCAGAUUUUGUCAAGCAAGCCAAAAAAGAUACCCAAUCUUCUGAAUACCUAUGAAGUUUGGGGAAAAUCUACAUAGUUUGUCUAUUCCUGAGUGGAAAGCAUACAAUUUCGAUUACAAUGACCUCAAGUCACAAAUUAAGUAUCUCACGAAAAUAUCAAACGACUCCGAUGUUGACUCAGAUUCAGCACCUUCACUUGGAGUUCCAGGGAACUCCAAAGGACGUCGAAGAAGUAGAGUGGUCACCUUGACCUCUCUUAGAAAUGCAUUUAUGGAUAAUUUCAAUUAUGUUGACCUUUUCAUUGUUACUAAAAGGGGUGAACUUGAGAGGAAACUUCUCCAUCAUCAGAAAAUUUUCAAUAGGAUAACUCUGCCCAAUUCGAGUCUUCUGCCUUUAGAUCGUCAGAUUCAAUUGAAUGAUCUUCACUACCAAGUGCUAGAGGUGUCCAAAAUCCUUAGAGAUCUUAAUCGAUUCAUUAUUGUUCAAAAGAUUGCUAGCAAUAAGAUUUUCAAAAAAUUCCUCAAAUAUUAUCCAGACGAACAAGCAUCAGGUAUCUUUGUACAAAACAUGAAACAAUAUUUGGCCACCAAUGAAAACUCAUUUGUUAAUAUUGAUCUUACCAAUAUGACUUUGGAAUUGGCUUUCUUUUUGGAUAUGAUUUCUGAUGAGAGUAAGAGAAUGAAGGAGAAUAGUCAAAAUAGUACCACGAAUCGUAGUGUGAAACAUCCUCUGAUUUCAAACAAAAGUACUGUUUCAACCAGUCCUACAUCCACAGUUAAUUCUAGGAUACAUGAACAACAAUUGCCAAUCACAAGAAGCUCAAUGUUUGACUUGGAAAUAAUAACGAAGAAGAAUUUCAAAAUUGAUUGUUUAAUUGCCGAUAAUCAUAAUUUAAAUGAGUUAAUUUUGAAUCUUCGUGUUCUUAUAAAUUGUGAACCAUUAAGCGAUGAAUUAAUUCGACGUGAUUCUGCUGCAAGUAUAUUGUCAGAUUUCCUGCAAACCACUCAAACUACUCCAAACUUUCAUCAUUCCCUUAUUUCAUACACAUUUUUAGCUAACAGCAAGGAUAGUUCUCUGAGUGAACCAACGUUUAUCAUUUCACAAUUCAACCAACCAAAUUCCCUUAUUAUUAGUCAUGUUGGUGGACUUCGAAGAUAUGCUUAUUGUUCAUUACCAAACCAUGUUGUUCAACUUUUGAUUGAUCAUUUUAUAGACAGAGAUAAUCGAGAAAUUUCAUCGGCAUUAAAGGACUGGUUCCAACACAAUCAUGUUAGUCCGUUGACUAAAAUGGCAGUUGAUUGGGUUUUAAAUAAAAAUUUGAAACCAAUUUUUAAAUCAUUCAGUGUUCGAUCAAGAUAUGUAAUCAAUAAAUCUGACGAUGAUGGACAUUUGAAAUCAAGUAAUGGAGGUAAUGGAUAUUCAUACGAUGGUGAUCGUAAUGCCGAAGACAACGAUAAUGAUUCUGAAUCAAGCACCCAUAAUAAAGUAUUUGAAGAUGAUUUCUUACUUUGUUUGGAUCAAGAUAUAGUUACAUCUAACAAUCCAAAUGUUGUCAAUACGUUAAAAUUUGAUUCUAGAUUAAAUGACUUUGAGAAUAAUCCAUCAGUUUUGCAAAACUUAUACAAUGACGAGGUUUAUGAUAGAUUCCCAUUUCAUAAGCUAUCCAUGUUUUCCAACGAUUCCAACAUGUCUAAUUUCAAAAGAGAUAUGAAUAAAGACCCUCUUACGAACAAAGAGAAUACGGAACCAAUUUUAAUGAAGCCUAAUGCCCGUAGCAUGAAGAAAAUCCCUACUAAAAUCCAACAAUUAUUAAAAUUAGAUUCUAUUAAUCUAUUUAAUGGUGAGGUGAAUUUCUUCCAAUAUAUGCUUUCAUGUUAUUAUAAUGUGAUCCCACCUCAAAAGGAUUUACAUAAUCACUAUUUGAACUUACUUACUUUAAAUUUGUUGAAACAAAAUGAAAAUAUCAGUAUUUCAAAUCAAGUAACAAAAUUUCAAGAUAAGAUGUUUGAAAAGAAAUCUAGACAAGUUUUAAAAUCUCAAACAUCCUUGAAAUCCAUUAAACUGUAUACACAGCUUUCUACCGCAUCCAACAACCAUCAUACGCAUCAAAGCCUGCCACUUCUGCAAGCCACUGUGAAUCAUCCUUCUUCAAAUCACCUCCGACCUGAAUAUCAAUUUGAAAAUCAACAUGCCAAAUUUCAAGUUGGUCAUAGUGAUAUUGAAUUAUUACAAGAAAAUUAUAAUAAAAUGGGUGGAUAUGGCACUAUCCAACAAGAUCCAAUGGAUACUUAUGGUUAUAUGGGCCAACCAAACUGGGGAUAUUUGGAUAAAUUUGUCAAUGCAGCAGCCGAGAUUAAACAUAAAAUUCUUGGUGGGGACAAUAAUACCAUCGACCUAGAACAGGGGAUGAUCACAUACUUGGACAUAGAAGAUGAUGACCGGUCAUCUAUAUCUACACUUUCAUCACACGGCAGAAUCACGAACAUACGUGAUAAAUAUGAGGAGCAAAAUAUGCGCAACUAUGACCAAAUUUUGUCAAUUAUUUACUUCUCUUUCUUUUUCAUUUCACUUUUCAUUUCGAGUAUUAUCAUGGGGAUUGUGUAUUCACUUAUUGAACUUUCAACUGACGAUUCACAAUUCCUCUUGGAAGAUAAUGUUCUUUUAAUAUUGACCAUUGUUAUUGGGUUGCUUUUAAGUUUAAUUUUCAGCAUGAUCAGUAUCAACCUUAAUUUAUCAAGAUAUCGUAAGAGUCCCUCAUGGCAUUCUGCGAUUGUUUGGACUGGGUCUGGUGUUGUUUUUCUUUCAUUUAUGUGGAGCAUGGUAUUGCUCUUCCAAAGUCAUUAAUUCAUAUAAAGGUAUAUAAUUACCUACUGUAAUAUUUUUCCCUUAAUACAUUUUUAAUUCAUUCA